GUUGGCCUCAUUGGUAUGAAUGCCAAGCUCAUGUGCCAGUACAUCGAGUUUGUCACAGACCGUUUGUUGGUGUCGCUAGGCAUUGAUGAGGUGCGCAAUGACACAAAUCCAUUCGACUUCAUGGACAUGAUCUCACUACAGGGGAAGACCAACUUCCUCGAACAACGUGUGUUGGAUUACUCGAAGGCGAACGUCAACCACACGAAU